AUGACCCAGCCCAACCCGCCCGCAUCCAUACACACAGUUCGCCAGCGGGACAAGCUGACACCGGAACUCGCGCUCGCCCAGACCUCGGUUCCUGUGCCCUCUCAGCCCGCCGAACGUGCUGGUCGAGGUUGCAGCCACGGCGCUGUGCUACAGCGAGCUCACCUGGGCCAGCCAGAACCCGCGGUUCUUCGCGCCCGACAAGGAGCCCGUGCCGGGGCAGGACAUGUCGGGCACCGUUGUCCAGGACGGCUCCGGGUCCUCGUCCUCGUCCUCGUCCUCGUUCAAGCCGGGCGACCAGGUCUUUUGCCGAAUCGACGCAUAUCGGCGGUGUCAGACUGA